AUGGAUGGCGGGCAGCCUCCUCACCUAAUAGAACAGUACUCUCUUUCCAUUCCCGGUAGCCCCAGCAGCACCACCAGCAGUAGCUCCGCCGCCGCCGCAUCCUCCGGCGGCGGUGGCGGUGGAGGGAGUUCUAGCGGGAGCAGUAGGAGGAAGUGCAAGGGAAAGGGAGGGCCGGACAACGGGAAGUUCCGAUACCGGGGGGUACGGCAGCGAAGCUGGGGGAAGUGGGUGGCGGAGAUCCGCGAGCCGAGGAAGCGGACGAGGAAGUGGCUCGGGACGUUCUCCACCGCCGAGGAUGCAGCCAGGGCCUACGACCGGGCGGCGCUUAUUCUGUAUGGUCAUCGUGCACAGCUCAAUCUCCAACCCUCGGCCGCCACCGCCGGCGGCGGUGGCUCCUCCUCCUCCUCCUCCAUCUCGUCCUCCUCCUCGACGUCCACCCUUCGUCCUCUCCUCCCCCGCCCCUCCGGCUUCCCCUUCCCUCUCCUCCCCUCGUCCUCCUCCUCUUCUCUCCAUGCCUUCCCUCCCAUAACGUACUCCAACACAACGGAGAGCACCAUCAUCGCCCAUGGGCCCAUCACCAGCAGCGUUAGUUAUCACUGCGUGCCUAUCGAGCCGCAGCAGGUGGAGCAUGGACCGGCGGUGCCGGCGCCAGCGCCGGCGCCUGCACCUGCAUGUGGGCCGAGCCAUGUCGUCCCGGCCGAUACUGGUGCAAUAUACGAGGACAUCAGCUCCCUUGCCGGGUCGGUGGGCUCGAGCCUGUCGCUCUCCAACCAGCCUGCAGCGCCGGUGGAGACCACGACAUCAAUGCCUCUCGUGUCGUCGCCGGUGUGGAAUUAUGAUGAUUAUGCUGCAGCAGCUUCUUGCUUGUGGGAUGAUGGGGAUCCCUUCUUCUUUUGA